AUGGUAGUGCCAUUUGUCAUACUUUUAUCAACUACCGGAACAAACAACGGUUUUGUGAAGUUGAAACAAAAAAGGCGUAUCAAGCAUAUUGUCACCAUAUCAGUUGCUGUUAGCAUAUUAUUUGCAUUAAUUAUUGUUACUGGUAUUAUAUUAGCAUUCGAAUUACCUCCAAAGAAUCAAAAAUUUAUUCUUAAAAAAGCUAAUGCUUCACAAGAGAAUUGGAAACAUCAAGUGCAUGCUGUUUUUGCAGUAAAUUCAAUGGGUCCAAAAGAUUUGCGAUUCAAACGAUCCAUUGAGGAUGUUAAAGUAAUGCAAUUUACAUUAAUUUAA